GCGCAGGAGCAUCCCGGGGACGUUUGCCUUGUGCAGUGUUUUGCGAAUCGGGGCUGGUGUUUCAGGCAUUACCUGCUCAGGGAGUGUACCGCCCCGUGCGCACUCACUCUAAAGCUAUGUUAACAAUAUGCAUUCUUAUUUUAAGCAUUUUCCAAACGGGCUGCGGACAGGCUUGGUGACAUGUCCCUGCGUAUUCCUCUAAUUGGAAGCACUGCACUCGGGAUUAUAGCUGCGGUGUGUUCUGACAGAGAGAGACUAGAAUGAACGUGUAUCUGGAGGAAUAAUGAAGGCGAUCAGUCAAAGUAUAGAAAGAAGAUUAUAGCAGGGCAAACACGAUGGAUAACCGACGGAAAAGGAAGCUGACAUACUUCACCAUUGGUCUUCUAUUUCUUCUGAGCGGUGUGGAAUAUGCUGUAAUAUUGCCCACAAUAUGGAGGUAUUUGCAGACUUUAGAGGCAGCGCCUUACUUUCUGGGUCUGGCCCUGUCAGCAUUCAGCUUGAGUGGCCUGUUGUCGGGACCGCUGUUUGGACACUGGUCUGACAGGACAGGGGCCACAAAGAAGAUCAUCUUGUUUGCAAACUUUUUUGAGAUAAUUGGUAAUUUCAUGUACUUUAUGGGGUUCUCCAAGUGGCUCUUAUUGUCAAGCAGACUGGUGGCAGGCAUUGGCACAGGUGCUGGCUCAUCUAUCUUUGGCUUCCUGACCAGAAGCACUGCCCCUGAGGACCGUGCCACUGUGUUCGCUGCUGUCAUGGCAUGUCGACAAGCUGGCCUCCUGAUUGGUCCAGCAUUUAACAUCUUCCUGAGGCUGUGUGAUUUCCACCUAGGUCCUUUUGUGGUCAAUAAAUAUACUGCACCAGGGUUGUUCAUGUGCCUGCUGUGGAUUCUCCUUCAACUUGCCGUGGUCUUCAUGUACUGGGACCUACCACCUCUGGAGAAGGGGAAGGCCAAGGAGAAUUCGAAAAGCCGGAGCAGGGAGGAGGAGAGCGAGCAAGGGCUUGUGGAAGAAGACAAUGAAGAGGAGAAGCCGCUAAUGGUGUCCCAGGAGCUGGUGGGGUCCUACGGCUCAGUAGUGACCUCUAGCCCACCCACACACCGGACCCCUGCUGCCUCAAACGCCACACUGAAUCACAUCUCUCCACCUCUCUCCCCUGUGCCAUCAGAGUCCCAUGAGUCUUCCAGCCCCUUUAAGAAUUUCAGCAUAUCCAGAGAGUUCCUGAGAGAAGAGGUGGUUGUGCUGCUGGCUGCUCAGUUCAUCACUCUCUUCAAUCAGACGGCGCUGGAGACUAUGGUGACCCCGCUGACCCAGAAGUACUUCAGUUAUGGGGAGCUGGAGAACAGCGUGAUGUACUGUCUCUGCGGUGUAGAGGUGAUCGCUGGCUUCCUGUUUGUGCGCUGGCUGAGCAGGCGUGUUGCUGAGCGGGUGGUCCUGGCUAUCGGCCUGACCAUCUGCAACAUCUCCGGUGUCUGGUGCCUCAUCUUCCUGGCUAAACCUCUAGGUGGUUUCCCAUGGCAGCUGACUGAGUUCAUCAUUGGGGUGUUUCUGCAGGUUUUGGGUUUGCCAUUCGUAGCUGUGGCCCAGGUUUCCCUCUUCUCCAAAGUUACCGCUGAGAAAACACAAGGUUUUAGUCAGGGAGUGCGUCGCUCAGUGGGAGGUCUGGCUACCAUCCUGGGUCCUCUGUGGGCUGGUGGCCUUACCGAGAACAUGUAUAUCAUGAUGGGGGUGAUGAUGGCACUGCUGGCACUGCUAACGAUGAUGCUGGCCUUCUCAUACGACCGGCUGGUUGCACCUGCUACAGAGGAGCAAGUAGAUGACUCUGACAACUGUGGCUAAUCCAGCGGAAAGCUUGAUGCAAUAGAAGUGGACACGGAAGUGCACAGUGAGAGAUUCCUUGUACCUGACAGUCCGUCCACAGUUUCACUCUCUGCAUUGGGACCAGCGUGCAAGGUGAUAGCACACACACUUCACCACCGACCGAGUGCUUACCGAAAAACUUGGACUUCUCAGCUUUCUGUGCAGAGGCUGAAAGUACCGUUAUGGUGUGUAUGUAUAUUUCCCAUGGAAAUAUGGAAUCCUGCCGACUCCACAUGUGCAAGCUUUGGAUGAAAUCCUUUCCGUCCUUUUUUGUUCUGCACUGACUACCAACUAAAGUAGUUGCAUCUCACAUUCUGCCUGUGUAUCAGCACAUGCACAAUAACACUAAUUGUGUUGUGUGAAAUGGUUGUGGUUUUAGCCUACCUAUGUCCUUGUGGUGUGGGAGAAUAAAUUAGCUGUUCGGCCUUGAUACUUGAUACCUCAUAUUCUGGAAAAACAGGCAUUCAAGUAUUUUAUAAGCUCAUUAAAGAGGAGCAGGUUGGUGAAAUUCCCAAAAGCAGUAAAAAGUUUAGGCCAAAAUGUCACUUUGCUAAUAAUUUAGAAGGACUCCGACCUUUAUGAAGUAUCAUUUCUAACCACUUGUUUUCACAUCCAUUCAUCUGAUAUAAUGAAAAUCUCUCCUUGAACACAGCAAAACAUUUGCAAAAUCUUUAUGUUUUAUUUUUUUCUUUGCAAGUUGUAUUUAUUCAUUCAAAUGUUGAAUGAUGUGCUUUGUGAAUUAAUACUUUCAGACUGGCCUCUACCAUUGAAGCCACGUGUCUAAAAGAACUAACACAAAAGAAUUGGAUUACUGUGGGUUUUAACUGUAACCGAGAGUUUUGUCAUCCCAUGGUGUUGAAAAUGCUGUUUCAAAGGAAUUUAAAACCUCACAGUAAUAUAAUUCUCAGGGAAACGCUAAAUGCUCGUUAUAUACUAGUUUUUAUUAUGAAAAGUGGUUACAUUAGGAGAUGUUGGCUCAGAAUCACCUAUCGGUAAAUUCACUCUGCAAAUUGCGGAAUUAAUAAAAAAACAAAAAACAAAACAUGGAUAUCUGUCAAACCAUACUUGAAGGUGACUAUUAAAAUGUCCUGGCGUUAAA